AUGCCUCGGAAUCAAAGAGCGAUCAUUAAAUUAAACCCUGGGGACAGAGUGGAGAUAACCUUACAAGGCGAACUGGAGAUAAUGAUCCUGGGGAACAAGUCUCAGCGCCGGCGCCGGAACCGACGAGGUCGCCGUACCCAACAGAAGCAGAACCAUAGUUUUUCUUGUCAAAAGCAUGAGAAGCUGCAGACUCCGGAGCCCCAGUCGCAGCAGCAAGCCCAGAGCAGCGAGAAUCAGUCCCAAGUUGUUCCAACCCAGGCCCGACUUCCCCGAAGCCAACCUGAACAACCUCAAUUUGAGACACAACAGUGGUUGCCUCAUUGGUGGACACAGCCCGCGGAAGGACUGAAGCAGCGAGAUAUCGAUGAAGCCACACGACAACGGUCCGAGUAUCGAGAGCGAUUGCAGCGGAUUCUGGAUGUGGCCCAGGUUAAAUCGAGUCAGAGUGAGCCGAAAAAAUCGAAGUACGUACCGGCUCAAUACCAACGAGAGGGCACCAACUGGCCCGAAGGUGAAAAGCGACAGCAAAAGAAACCUCAGACCCUGGCCGGGCAUCCAUCUCGAGGACAGUCUCAUCCACAGAGCAAGCCUCAGAACCAGCCGGGCGAUGAUCGGCCCCAAAGCCAGCCUCAAAGCCGGCAGAAACAGCAGCGUCCGUAUACAGAACCUGUGGAGAAGCAAGUUGACAAGGCCACGCGACGACUAUCUCAACAAGGGUUCCGAUCACAGCAGCUUAUGAAUGUGCCCCAGUCCCACUCGGCAUCUGGCCAGCCCCUACAACAGCUCUCUCAUGCCCACCCCGAGCCACAGAUGUACGUGCCCGCUCAGUACCAGAAACCAGAUGCACGGCCCCAGAAGCCGCCUCAGCCGUCUCAAGUUCAGUCCCGGGAACCGUUUUUAUUCCAACAGAGUGUGAAUGCUCAUCCUCAGAGUCAACCGCGAAAGAUGCAAGAGAAACAACAACAACAGCCCUCUUC